AUGCGUGAUUUACGCCAUCUAGUUGCUGUAGUGGUCACAGACCCUUACCUGCAAGGCUGCGGAGUUACCUACGGGUCCGCUGAGUUGUUCAAGCCCGAAACACCCAAACUCUACAAUGCGGAAGGGCAGGAAAUCGGGUGCAAGAUCGAUUUGCAGGCCGCACGCAAAGCGGCUUUCUACUGCCCAGUACCGUACCUCCUGGACCCACCCGGUUGCUUCAACCAAGUUUACGUUGAAGAUGAAGUGAAGAGCUUGAGUGACAUCAGCCAGUCUUUGGUAGCGUCACAUUCCAAUCACUUUGUCACACUGAAGUUCAACAGCGAACUCGUAGGACCCGGGGAGACUCUGAGCCAGACCCCGCCGUUGGAGUGCCGGUGCGUCACUAUUAAGGGCAUCGUUUUAUCCACAUUGCAGAUCGAGAACUACUACUACAAGUAUUGA